AUGGUUGCAGUCGUGUCGGGCACCAAAUCAGAACGCUGCCGGGUGCGUGAGUACAUGAAGUGGCUCUUUCAGCAGUUGGAAGGCCCAGUUUAUGUGGCCGGCUGGGAGGACCGGGAAGACUGUACAGUGGUCGAUAUACCCAGUGACUGCAUCGGCUACAUCACCGGCAAUCGACGUGCAACGCUCGGCCUCAUGGAGGAGGAGUGGGGCACCCUCAUGUUCUUCAUGAGCGAGGAUGGCGCACGAGGCACCCGUGGAGGUGGCACCGAGAGAUUGGCAAUCUUCGGACCACAGCGGCCGCGUCGCGGCUCGGAGCUGAAGGUGAUGAGCGGCAUAGAGACGAAAAGUCCUGGAUUCUUCAUGCGAGGCAUCCGAGAAAAACUCUCGGAAAGAAGAGGCUUUGAUACAGAUCGCAUGCUGUUUCGCGACGAUGAGUUGAGCAGCUCGCACUCAUCAGAUGGUGCCACAAGAAAGAAGUUGGAGCUCGCCUCCGGAGCCAUACUGCAAUACGUUGGACAUGUUGCUUUCAUUGCUGGCACCCUGAAAGAGCGCCGGAGAUGCCGCGAGUUCGCCACUCGCUGCUGA